AUGCAGCACAGCUGCACUGACUCUCAUCAUCGUAUUGAUCUAUUCUGGCAAGACGGAGGACAUGGACAUAAUACUGGUAAGGUCUAUUCUAGGUCGCCGACAGACGUCCAGCUGCAGGAUCCCGAGGCAAAGACUUACGUCUGGACGAAUGAGCGCAGAGUUCGCUUGACCGUGAACGGAACCCACUUGGUGGGGAGCAGUGGCCAGCUGUUACUCUCUGUAGAAGGCAUACGGUACAUUGCCCACGAGGCCGCCGUUCCCUACAGUUUGGAUGCUGUCCUUCAGGAGCAGCCCUGCAUGAAGAUGGACUGGAACGUAGAUAUUGACGCACUCAUGUCAGCAAGACCAAUGGAAUCUGUUGGCGUCGCAGAUCUGGAGAAGCCUGGCAUCAAGUUUCUGGACUUUGGUGCUUCGGAACCGGCUACUCUAUGCCACGAUACGAAACUGAUGAGCUAUACGGCGAUUACGGCAUUGACACCUGAAUUUGAACUCCCGAAAGAAACAAUCGCUGGGUUUUAUCACGCAACUGCUCUCUAUAUUGAUCCUUCGCAGGCCCUAGAAAGAUAG